AAUAGAAACUCCAUCAAUGAUAGCGGUGUCAUCCCUUAGAAGAGCCGGCAAACAGUGAAUUCAGUUUCUUGAAUGGCUACUGCAAUACCCCAAGAUGAAGCCUCUUCUUCAAAGAGUAGAUGCACUUACCAAGUGUUCUUGAGUUUUAGAGGUGCAGACACCCGCAAGAACUUUACCGAUCACCUCCACACAGCUUUAGUACAAGCAGGAUUUCACACAUUUAGAGAUGAUGAUGAAAUUCAGAGAGGGGAGAACAUUGAGAUAGAAAUCCAAAAAGCAAUAAAAGAGUCAAGAAUGUCUAUAAUUGUCUUCUCUAAAGAUUAUGCUUCAUCAAGAUGGUGUCUCGAUGAACUAGUGAUGAUCAUGGAGCAUAAAAAACUUGGUGGGUGGCAUGUUGUUUUGCCAAUUUUCUAUGAUUUGGAUCCAUCCCAUGUCAGUGACCAGACAGGGAGUUUUGCUGAAGCUUUUGUUAGGCAUGAAGAGCGGUUCAAAAAGGAGGACAGAGUGGAGGGUUGGAGGAUGGCUCUGAAGGAAGUUGCUGAUCUUGGAGGGAUGGUUUUACAAGAUGGGUAUGAAUCUAAAUUUAUUCAGAAUGUUGUUAAAGAGGUUGGAAAUAGAUUGAAUCCCAAGAUACUAAAUGUUGAGCCCUAUUUAGUCGGAAUAGAUUCCCGUGUAAGGCUCAUCAAUUUGUGGUUACGAGAUGGAUCAGAUGAUGUUGGCAUAGCAACAAUCUAUGGGAUUGGGGGCAUUGGAAAGACAACCAUUGCGAAGAGAGUAUAUAAUCAAAACUGCCACAAUUUUGAGGGAAGUAGUAGCUUUCUCGCUAAUAUUAGGGAAAUGUCAGAGCAACCUAAUGGUCUGGUUCGUUUGCAGAAGCAACUUGUUUCAGAUGUCACAAAGAGAAAAGCAGGUAAAUUUCACAGUAUAGAUGAAGGGAUCAUUAAGAUCAAAGAUGCUAUUUGUUGCAAAAGAGUUCUUCUUAUUCUAGAUGAUGUCGAUCAAUUAGACCAAGUUAGUGCAAUAAUUGGAAUGCGACAAUGGUUUUACCAGGGAAGUAAAAUUAUCAUAACAACGAGGCAUGAACGUUUGCUAAGGGCUGAUGAAGUUAGUGUAAUGUUCAAAGUCCAGCAAUUGAAUGAGAAUGAAUCGCUUCAGCUUUUCAGUUGGCAUGCUUUUGGCCAAAAUCAACCUUUGCAUGGUUAUGAGAUGUACUCUGAGAAUGUGGUGAAUCACUGUGGUGGAAUUCCAUUGGCUCUUCAAGUUUUGGGUUCUUCUUUACAUGGUCAACCUGUGGAAUUAUGGAGAAGAGCAUUACAGGAACCAGAAGCCAUUGAUGAUGGUAAGAUUCAAAAGAUUCUUAGAAGAAGCUUUGACUCCCUACAAGAUGAUCACGACAAAAAUCUGUUCCUUGACAUAGCUUGUUUCUUCAUUGGAAAGGAUAAGGAUUAUUUAGAUAGAAUAGUUGAAGGCUGUGAUUUCUACAGGGUACUUGGAAUUCAGAAACUCGUCGAUAGAUGUCUAAUAACAAUUGACAAAGACAAGAUAUUGAUGAUGCAUCAAUCACUUAGAGACAUGGGAAGGGAAAUUGUUCGCCAAGAAUCACCCGAUGACCUUGGGAAACGUAGCAGACUGUGGCGUCACAAGGAUUCAUUCAGUGUUUUGAGAAAAAAUACUGGUACACGUGCUGUUAAGAGCCUCAUACUCGACCAACAACAGAUAAGCACGGCAUUGGCAAAUAAUGCAGACUUGCAAACUAAGGCAUUUGCAGAAAUGAGCAAUUUAAAACUGCUUGAUCUCAAUAAUGUAAAGCUUAAGGGAAGUUAUGCAGAUUUUCCUAAGAGUUUAGUGUGGAUGCGCUGGCAUGGAUUCUCUUUGAAUUUUAUACCAGAUAAUUUUUCCCUAGAAGAUCUGAUUGUUCUUGAUAUGCACAAGAGUAGUCUAAAACGUGUUUGGAGGAAAACCCAGGCUCUUGAAAAUUUGAAAAUUCUUGAUCUCAGUCAUUCACAUGGUCUAGUAAAUACCUCUGACCUAUCAGGACUGCCUAGUCUUGAAAGGCUGAUUCUUAAAUAUUGCAUAAGUUUGAUUGAGGUUCACGAAUCCAUUGGAAAUCUGGGAAGCCUUUUUCUCUUAAAUCUGAAAGGCUGCAAAAAUCUCAUAAAGCUUCCUAGGAGCAUUGGUUUGUUGAAAUCACUUGACAAACUUAUUUUAUCUGGAUGCUCCAAACUUGAUGAGCUACCUGAGGAGCUACGAACAUUGCAAUGCUUAAGGGUGCUUCGUGCUGAUGAAACUUCCAUAAAUCGGCUACAGUCAUGGCAAUUAAAUUGGUGGUCUUGGUUAUUUCCGAGAAGAAGUCUACAAUCCACUAGCUUUUCAUUCACUUUUCUACCAUGUUCUCUGGUAAAGUUAAGUCUUGCUGAUUGCAAUAUAACAGAUGAUGUUAUUCCUGAUGAUCUUAGCAGCCUGCCUGCCUUGGAGCACCUAAACCUGAGUAAAAACCCAAUUCAAACCCUACCAGAAAGCAUGAAUAGCCUCUCUAUGCUACAGGACCUUCUGUUAAACCACUGCAGAAGUCUCCAAUCACUUCCCGAACUUCCAACAAGCUUAAAGAAGUUGAGGGCAGAAAAAUGUACGAAGUUGGAAAGAAUUGCAAAUUUGCCAAAUUUGUUGAGAUCCUUGAGACUUAAUCUUAUUGGUUGUAAAAGACUAGUUCAGGUUCAAGGCUUGUUCAACUUAGAAAUGAUGAGAGAAUUUGAUGCCAAAAUGAUCCAUAACCUGCACCUGUUCAAUAUAGAAUCUUUAGGUAGCAUUGAAGUGGAAAUGAUCAAUUCUAUCACAAAGACAUCAAGGAUAACUCGCCUCCAGAUAUUGCAAGAACAAGGCAUAUUUAGCAUUUUUCUUCCUGGAAGUGAGGUUCCAAGUUGGUACAGCCAUCAAAAGCAGAACAAUUCAGUAUCGUUUGCCGUGCCUCCACUUCCAAGUCGCAAGAUUCGUGGAUUAAACUUAUGCAUUGUAUAUGGAUUACGCAAUACAGAUAAGAAAUGUGCUACUCUAUAUCCACCUGAUGCUGAAAUCAGCAACAAAACCAAGGUUUUGAAAUGGAGCUAUAAUCCAAUAGUCUACGGGGUACCACAAAUUGGUGAAGAUAUGUUAUGGUUAAGCCAUUGGAGGUUUGGUACUGAUCAAUUGGAAGUUGGGGAUCAAGUGAAUGUUUCAGCAUCUGUGACACCUGAUUUUCAAGUAAAGAAGUGUGGAGUACAUCUUGUCUAUGAACAAGAAGAUAAUGAUACCCUGUUAAACAAUGAAGAAAUAGUCCAGAGUAGCUCUAUUGGAUUCCAAACUCUUGUCAAGAAACAUGUUCUAGAACAUCCAGUAUCACGUGUAUUUGAUGUCUGAUAUCACAAGUGUUGAACUCAAAAACAUGUAAUUCUUUGAUCAAUGAAACAUUAACACAUAAAUUAAACGAGAAA